CAAUGAGGAGGGCUUCGAGUUACCACGGGGUCUGCUAUCUCUACAGUCAGACUCUUCUUCUCUUCGCUUAAGCUAGAUGUCGAAAAGUAUGCAGCGCAUUAUGGGCUAGGCUUUAAUUAGCGUUAUUACUUGUGUCCGUUGCGCAGCUCCUAUACGCUUUCGAAUUGAACUUCAGAGUGGGUCCGAGGCACAGCUGCCUACAGCUUUAAAGGCGCCCAUUGGUUGUUUAGCUAAGAUCAUUGGCCGCAUGAGGCUAGUGUGCCUGUAUUGAUUUCUCCUAAGUGUUGACAAACGCACUACUUGUGCUUUGCAGUUUGAGUCUGCCUCAGUCGGAUGCAUAGAGAAGCGUUUUUUUGUUCAACGUCAUUUCAAGUUUGAUCAAUAUCGUCCUGCUGGUCCAAUUGGAGGAGCUGUAUUCACAAUCUGAUCCGCCACUCGCACCACCACCAUCUUUAGGAGAAGUCCUUUCUUUUGCCCACAGUUGCAGAAAAAUUGCUCGGCAGCCCGGCGUGCACCUCAAUGAACCUAACUGGUGCACUGUGAGCGCAGAGCAUUGAUCUGGAGGGGUUUUGCGCCUGCUACUGCGUAUGUUUUGGUUUAAACAGUUCCUUUUUAGGGGUUGCUUUUAAAAGCUCGGAGAAAAAUGGCACAAAGCGUGUUCCUUUUUUUACUGUGGCUUUUCGGCAGCUCCCUCGCAGGCUUUCCUAAUCAGAUAAACAUAGGGGGGCUCUUCAUGCGGUCGACGGUGCAGGAGCACAGCGCUUUCAGAUUUGCCGUACAGCUCUACAACACCAACCAAAACAUGACCGAGAAGCCUUUCCAUCUGAAUUACAACGUAGAUAACCUCGAGUCUUCCAACAGCUUCGCUGUUACCCAUGCGUUCUGCUCCCAGUUCUCCAGAGGCGUGUAUGCCAUCUUUGGCUUCUAUGACAAGAAGUCCAUGAACACGCUGACCUCCUUCUGUGGGGCCCUGCACACCUCCUUCAUCACACCCAGUUACCCCAUCGACUCCGACGUGCAGUUUGUCAUCCAGAUGCGCCCGGCGCUCAAGGGGGCUGUGCUUAGCCUCCUCUCCCGGUACAAGUGGCAGAAGUUCGUCUACCUCUACGACACAGACAGAGGGUACUCAAUACUUCAAGCAAUCAUGGAGGCAGCUGUGGCUAACAACUGGCAGGUGACGGCACGGUCCGUGGGGAGCAUCACCGACCCCCUGGAGUUCAAGCGCAUCAUCGAGGAAAUGGACAGGAGACAGGAGAAGCGCUACCUGAUCGACUGUGAAGUGGACCGGAUCAACGUCAUCCUGGAACAGGUUGUGACCCUGGGGAAGAAUAGCCGAGGCUACCAUUACAUUAUUGCCAAUCUGGGCUUCUCCAAUGUGAGCUUGGACAAGGUUGCUCUCGGUGGAGCGAACAUAAGUGGGUUCCAGAUAAUCAAUCCGGAGAACCCCAUCGUACAGCAGUUCCUCCAGCGCUGGGACCGGCUAGAUGAAAGAGAAUUCCCAGAGGCCAGGAACACGCCUCUGAAGUACACCUCUGCGCUCUCCUACGAUGCCAUCCUGGUGAUCGCUGAAGCCUUCCGCUACCUGCGGAGGCAGCGGGUGGACGUGUCGCGGCGGGGCAGCGCGGGCGACUGCCUGGCUAACCCGGCGGUGCCCUGGAGCCAAGGCAUCGACAUUGAGCGAGCCCUCAAAACGGUCCAAGUUCAAGGUAUGACUGGAAAUAUCCAGUUUGACAGCUUCGGUCGAAGAUCAAACUAUACCAUUGACGUGUAUGAGAUGAAAUCAGGUGGGCCAAGGAAGAUCGGGUACUGGAACGAGUUUGAGCGCUUUGUAUCUAUAAUGGACCCGCAGGUCACCAACGACUCCUCCCCAGUGGAAAACCGAACAAUUGUGGUCACUACUAUUAUGGAAGCCCCGUAUGUGAUGUACAAGAAAAACCAUGAUCGUCUGGAGGGGAAUGAAAAGUAUGAAGGCUACUGUGUCGAUUUAGCUUCUGAGAUUGCUAAACAUGUGGGCAUUAAGUACCAGCUGUCCAUAGUGAUGGACGGCAAGUAUGGCGCCAGGGACCCCGAGACCAAGACGUGGAACGGGAUGGUGGGUGAACUUGUCUAUGGGAGGGCAGAUAUAGCCGUCGCGCCACUGACUAUCACCCUGGUGCGCGAGGAAGUCAUAGACUUUUCCAAACCGUUCAUGAGCCUGGGCAUCUCCAUCAUGAUCAAGAAGCCGCAGAAGUCCAAGCCUGGCGUCUUCUCCUUCCUCGAUCCUCUGGCCUACGAGAUCUGGAUGUGCAUCGUUUUCGCCUACAUUGGCGUGAGCGUGGUGUUGUUCCUCGUGAGUCGCUUCAGCCCCUAUGAGUGGCACCUGGACGAGCAGGACGAGACCAAAGACCCACAGACGCCUCCCGACCCGCCCAACGACUUUGGGAUCUUCAACAGCCUGUGGUUCUCCCUGGGGGCCUUCAUGCAGCAGGGCUGCGAUAUCUCUCCAAGGUCCUUGUCAGGGAGAAUUGUUGGAGGCGUCUGGUGGUUUUUCACUCUCAUCAUAAUCUCGUCCUACACGGCCAACCUUGCUGCUUUCCUCACUGUGGAGCGAAUGGUCUCCCCCAUUGAGAGCGCAGAGGAUCUCGCCAAACAAACAGAGAUUGCCUAUGGAACUCUGGAUUCAGGCUCCACAAAAGAGUUCUUUAGGCGCUCUAAAAUAGCCGUGUAUGAGAAAAUGUGGUCAUACAUGAAAUCUGCUGAGCCCUCUGUCUUUGCCAAGACAACACCUGAUGGGGUGGCGCGGGUACGAAAGUCGAAGGGCAAGUUCGCCUUUCUUCUCGAAUCCACCAUGAACGAGUACAUUGAGCAGCGGAAGCCCUGCGACACCAUGAAAGUGGGCGGAAACCUCGACUCUAAGGGCUAUGGGGUGGCGACCCCCAAAGGCUCAGCAUUAAGAAAUGCUGUUAACCUGGCAGUUUUAAAACUGAAUGAGCAAGGCCUCUUGGACAAAUUGAAAAACAAAUGGUGGUACGACAAGGGAGAGUGCGGCAGCGGGGGAGGUGACUCCAAGGACAAGACAAGUGCACUCAGCCUGAGCAAUGUAGCCGGAGUCUUCUAUAUUCUGGUUGGAGGGCUGGGGUUGGCCAUGAUGGUGGCUCUAAUAGAGUUCUGUUACAAGUCACGAGCAGAGUCCAAAAGGCUGAAACUCGAAAAGAAUGCCCAAAACUUUAAGCCAGCUCCCCCAACAAACACUCAGAACUUUGCCACAUACCGAGAAGGCUACAAUGUGUAUGGAACAGAGAGCGUUAAGAUCUAGGGGUGCAAUGAAUUUCAAGUACUUGCAGUAUUCCUGGUGAUUGUGACGAAAAAAAAAGCAAACAAACACAAAAAAAACUUACAAAGAUGGCUGGAUCCUUGGAAGAGACACAUUUCCAAGCCUUCAGUCCUAAAUGCCGUUGCGGACAAGGUGUGGUAAUCUAAUGACAUGGCAGCCUUCUGUCAUGUGAGGAACUGCAUUUGCUUCCUUCAGUGCCUUAAGGAACAUUCUGAAAAACAAUCACAACAAUGCAACUCAUCACGGUAAUAUGACAUCGCUUGAGACAUACACGCCAACAAAGGAAUGCUAACGUAAUGUAAUCUGUGAACGAAACCAAGAAUCAAAGCCAUCACAUGGAAUCCUAGCACAUUUUUGGAAGUGCCAGCCAAACCUCUUUUAAGGAAAAACAAAGUAGCAAAAGUCUUGGUUUUCUACAUUCUGAAGGAAUUUAUUAAGGACUUCCUGGUUUCUGGGCAGUCGGAUUUGCAUUUUCACAUGCUUACUAUUCCUCUCAUUUACUGUAAAUUUGCUUUCCUAAUUGUGGCAAUUUAUUAAACAAUCAAUUUAUCAGAAUUUUAAAGUAUUAAAACGUAAUAUAUUAUUGUGGCUUUUUAUUUGAGGCUGCUGGUUAGGCUGACGCUGUUCCCUAGUUUGUGCUAAGUGGAGAUUGUUGCUCAGCUAUGGUGCUGCUGAUCAACUCCUCAGAUUAAUCUGCAGGAACAUGUGGAAGAUGAGUCCAAAGCCAUGAAGAAGAGACGUUUAGAGCCACCAUACUUCCAACUCAUCUGUGAACACAUGCACACACAAUCAACUGAAUGAAUUCAACGUGUCUAAACAAAGAUUCUCUAAUGUCAUUGUGUGGUGCAAUGAUCUCCAUGCCUCACCCACAUUUAUACAUAAGCAUACUGAUGACUUUAGAACAUCUACAUAAAUUAAUUAAGCUUUUUAUUAUUAUUUUUGUUUAAGUUGUAAUCAAAAACUACUGUACAAGAACUAUAUAAAGCUGAUCAUUUAAAUGUAGAUAAAGCAGUCCGUUAAAGGAUAACAGUAAUGGCUUUAGAGAUGUAGUAUUUUGAUUACCUCGCAGUCUCCCAAAAUAAUAGCACAUUUCAAUCCAGCUCAGUUGAUUUUAAUUUGUAUGUGUUUGGUGAAUUACUUUGUACAAAAAAAAAAGACUUUCUGAAGAAACGGAGAAUAGAUUUAUACAAGGUGAUUACAGGGGACGUCUUAAAUGCUUAGCACACUUACAUAUUGCUGUUACAUUUUUGUUUUUUAUUUUCAGAAAAAAAUAACUGUGAUUCCAUAGACUUUAGGGGAAGGACGAUUGAUACCCUGAAAGUCUGGAAAGAUAGUUUUCUAUAAAGACAUGUAGAAAAGGAAAAGGAAACAAAGAAA